AGGAGAGGAGAUCCAGUUUUCUCCACAGAGGACAGUGCUCCAGUUACAAUUCAGAAACAAGUUUUGGCUGCUGUGAAACUGCAGCACAGCUGGUCUCAGAUAUUCACUGGUGAGACAAUCACUCUCAGAUGUGAGAUUCAGGGAGGUGAAGGAAAGGUGUGGAAAUAUGAAUGGACAGCACCCAACACAAACAGCCCUCAACAUCCAGUGAAUACAGGAUCAGCACAGUUUCAGUGUCCCACAGUGGAGACUACAGAUGUCGGGGUAGCAGUGACUAUCUCUUAACAGGAUGGAGUGAUGCCUUCAGACUGACAGUUUCAUCAAGUAAACCCAGAGCCACACUGACAGAUGCUGUGCUAACUCUUGAACCCAACUGGUCCAGUUUUGUUAUUGAAGAGUCUGUUACCUUCAAAUGUGACAUGAAUGAAGGUGAAGACACUGACUGGGAAUACAAAAUCAACAAGGAUGGUCGAGAAUUUAGCCCCUACAACACACACAAAGACUAUACAUUAGAAAUUAGCUCUAAGGGUGACAGCGGUGAAUAUCAGUGCUCUGGUCUCAAAAAGAGCUCACAUGACACAAGGAACAGUAAUACUGUGUCUAUAACUGUAUUAGCAAAUAAACCCAGAGCCACACUGACAGCAGGAACAACAAUCAUACCAGCAGGGGGCAGUGUGACACUGAGCUGCUCUGUGGAGGGCUCUGCUGGCUGGAAUAUUUAUUGGUUCAGAAGUGAUUCAGUCUCCUCUGAAAUCCAGCUCAUAAGAGAAGGUGAAGCAAACAGAGUUAUUAGUGUCUCACAAGGAGGUCUGUACUACUGCAGAGGAGGGAGAGGAGAUCCAGUUUUCUACACAGAAGAGAGCAAUGAAGUCACCAUUACUGAAACCACAACUAAACCCAGAGCCACACUGACAGCACAAAGUUUAAUCAUUCCAGUAGGGGGCAGUGUGACCCUGACCUGCUCUGUGAACCCAUCAUCAUCAUCUGGAUGGAAAUACUACUGGUACAGAGAUAAUACCACAGUGGAUGUUGUCUCCCCAUCAAAUGGACAAAUCAGUGUCUCACAGGAAGGACUCUACAGGUGCAGAGGAGGAAGAGGAAACCCAGUUUACUACACAGAGGACAGCCAAGAAGUUCAGAUUAACAAAAUUGGAUCUGUCCUCACUGUGUCUCCAUCAUGGCUGAGUCCUGGAGCCUCAGUAACUCUGAACUGUGAGGUUGAACAUCCGUCUGCAGGAUGGAGCUUCUACUGGUAUAAAGCUGUUCCUGAUCUAUCAGAGAAAUCCUCCAGUUAUGAGCUGCUACCUGAUGGCAGUGGGACUGCACAGGACUCCUACAUCAUUCAUGGACAGACACACACAGCAGGAUAUGUGUGCAGAGCUGGAAGAGGAGACCCAGAGUAUCACACUGAUCACAGUCAACCAAAGUUUGUCUGGUCUGCAGAUGUUCAUUCAGCAGCGUCUCUCACAGUGAGUCCUGACAGAGUGCAACACUUCACCUCUGACUCUGUCUCACUGACCUGUGAGGGAAACUUCACUGAGUGGAGAGUGAGGAAGUUCUCUGAGGACGGCCGACUGUACUCUGACUGUAGGAGAAUGACUGGAUCCACAUGUAACAUCAACACAUCAAAGUCAGAUACUGCAGUGUACUGGUGUGAGUCUGGAUCAGGAGAGUUCAGCAGUGCAGUCAACAUCACUGUACAGAAUGAUGGUAAUGGUUCUAUCCUGGUGAGUCCUGUUCAUCCUGUGACUGAGGGAGCUUCUGUUAGUCUGAGCUGCAGUUUGAGAACACAAAAAAUACUUUCCAAUGUGUUUUUCUAUCACAAUGACAAACUUAUUCAAAAUGAUACCCGAGGGGAGCUGAAGAUCUCUGCAGUGUCAAAGUCUGAUGAAGGUUUCUACAAGUGUCAGUACUCAGGAAGAGAGUCAGCACAGAGCUGGAUGUCAGUUAAAGUCACUGUGUCAGGAGCUGACAGCUCUUCAUCUCCUGUGUGGUUGAUGGUUGGACUGGUUUGUGGAGUCUCUCUCAUUAUUAUUCUCCUGCUCUUGUUGUAUCGCUGCAGACAGUCCAAGUUUGCAGAUGAAACCCAAGAUGUCACAUAUUCUCUCAUUAAGCUUAAAGAUUUUGAAAAGAGGAGGAAGCAUCACAAACCAGAGGAGUGUGUUAUUUACUCUGAGGUGAAGACGGGAGCUGCAGAGGACAGUCUGAUGUAUGCUGAGGUCAAACAGCCCAAAAAGAAAAGCCAAGAAAAACAAAGGUCAGUGAGGAGAGCUGUAGCAGCAAAGCCAAGAAGAAGCUUUUAUGAAGCCACUCUUGCUCCUCUGAUAUCUAUGCUGUCAUUUUUAUGA